AGCGCAUUUGACGAUUGUUUGUCUUUCCGCACAGAACAGAACAGAAUCGAAUCCGGUUGCCGGUCCACAUCAACGCCUAAAAGCUUUCAGCCCCAAAUAAACUAUACAAAUUAAACAAAUUAUUAGCCUGUGAGCAACGAAAAACAAAACAAAAAUGAAGCUGUUGUUCGGUUUGCUGAUGACCGUGCUAGCCCUUAGCGGAGUUUUCACAUUGCCAGCUCGCAGCGACCCGCAGGACGACGCAGAGGUGAUUAAAGUACCGUCACGCCCUCAGCCCGAAUCGGACUUCCAUGACUUCCGCGGCGUCAUCGAUACCGGCUCGGGUUAUCCCUUCCUUCAGCCGAAUCCUUCGAGCUUCAAUGAAGGCUUCUUCGACUCCUUCGAUGAUCUCUUCCGCCGUCUGCGCACCCGUCUGUGGCCUGUGAUUGGCAGCGAUUCUGGUGAGGAUGCCGCUCGUCCGACUGGCGACUCUGACGAUUCCAGUGAUGGCAGCGGAGCAGGCUUUUCCUUCGGUCUGCGUCCUUUGGUUCCGCUGGAUUCCAAGAACGGCAACACCACCUCCACCAUUAAGGUUGUCGAUGGCCAUAAGGUUGAGAUCAACGAGACAGUGUAUGGUGACAGCAACAGCGUUUUCAAGGUCCGCUUGGUGAACGUGCGUCCUCUGGAGAGCGGCGAGGAGGUGGCCCAGGGAGUGCACACCAGUGGAGGUGGCUUCCAGCCGGCGGUGAAUCCCAUCACCUCUGCCCCGCCCAAGAAGGCGGAGGAGGCCGACGAGGAGGACGAGGACGAUCGCCGCGAGCCGCUGGAGAAGCAGCCGGAGGAUAACGAGGUGCGCGACAUUGAUGAGCCCAAGUCCACAACACCAACCACCACAAGUUAUACCACAAAUCCUCACACCAGCUCACCCAUAGACUCCGAGUUCGAAGCUUCCGAUAUCAGUGAGGAUAUAGCGGAGUCCCUGCCGGAAGAACAAAAGAGCACCAUGGAGCAGAUGCAGCAAAUGAUGGAAACCGUGCGAAAGGAGAUCAGACAUGAGGAGGAACUGGAGCGGGAUCACGAGGACAAGGAGUACCUGGAGAAGAAAGAGAAGAAGGAGCGCGAGGAAUUCGACUCCUCGGACGAUGAGGACGGCGAGGCUACCACUCCGGUCGUGAUGAGCGAAACAUUCAACGAUGAGUGGGCCGAAUUCGAUCAGGAUCAAGAGCUAGAGCACGAUCGGGUUGAGGAUCUGGAGCCCGAAUUGGACGUUGAAAACGAUCUUAACAACGAGAUCGACAUCGAGGAGAACUUUGUGCCCAUUGACCUGUCCAACGAUAUAGCCGUCAACGAUGUGGCUGCCGCAGAUCCCCAUUUUCCCAUUAAUACCGAUGCCGAGUUCAUUGUGCACCCAGCUGUAGUUAGAACCAUGCCCAUGUUCGAAAAGCUUUCCUUAGGAGAGCCUGCGAAAUGAGGAUUCUGAACCCCAACUAGUCUAGGCAUGUCUUUAAUCUUAACUCCAUAGCUUGUAAACCUGAAUCGAGGAUAUCUCUGAGAGAUCCAAAGAAACCGGCGCUCACUUCAUCCGUAAUUU